GCUAAUACCGUACAGGUAUGAUAUUUCUGGUUAUGAUUUAGUUUAGUACUUAACUUAUCGCAUCAAGUGGUUGUUUCUCCAUAUACCAUACCAUACUGCAAAAUGCCUACUUUCCUUGUUUUCAUUCGUUUGUCAUGGUUAUACUCUUGGGGAUAACAAUUUCUUCUCCUGAUCGCUCUCUUACCUAGAACCUUGUAUGAAGACGUCUCCUUGUCUGGUAAAAACUGACGAAAUAUAAUCUAAACAAAGCACUGUGUGACAGUACAGGAGUUUGUAGGUUGCGAUCUUCCCCUUCCAAAAAUUAGGGUCGCAUCUGGAUUAUACGGUAUCAUUUCCCAGUCAAACAGAAGAGAGUAAGCAAGUAGUGGGCAUUGAACACCACACACGUCUACCUUUUGUUACUUCGAAGUUAUAAAACUUGUGUAGGUUGUAAUUAUUUGGUCAUACAUGUCUUAGAAUCAUUGCUCACGUAAACCGGAACCAUGUAGGAGCAAACCGCCCAUGAAAUAAUAUCAGUCUAUGAGGUUAUGACUUUAGAUCCUAACGUAGUCGGGAUGUGCGGAGUCGUUAAGUAAAGUUCACGAGAUAAUUAUGGCAUGCAGUUGGAACUCUUUUGGGUAUUGAUGCAGGUACGUGGAUUAAGCUUUUGUUUAAAUCUCAGGCUCGUUUUUAUUUUUAAUUUCCUGAAAUUGUUCCUUUUGUCUAUAUGAAAGAGUGUAUAAAACUGGAACUAAUGGCUAACGACCGUAUAUCUAGUUUGUGAUUGCCUGUUAUUAAGCCGUGACAAAAGACAAAAUAUUUAUUGUUACGAUUUGAUAUGGCCAAAGUAGUGCUUUGAAAAGAGGAAUAAAUCUACUGUUAUCAUAAAAUUAAGUUAUCCUUAGUAAUAUUUACCGUGAGUAGAUGGUUGUGUUUUAUUUUAUUCCCCAUUUCACAUAAGCCCACGAUGAUUUCAGUAUUGCCUGUGAGGAAGUAUUAUGAUCUAUAAAAUAAGGAUUUAUCUUUGUGAAUCUUAGGUAGUAUAUAUGUAUUUCUUUUGUCUAAUUUCUGCGUAAAUCGCUUUUUACUUUUAAAAGAUUUUACGUGACCCCCAUUCCAUUCCACCGUCCAAUGCAUCAAAAAUCUUUGAAACCAUUUCACCUAAUGUUAACCGACGAGUAAUUUCGAAUGCUUAUCUUUCUCACUAUGCAGUUCAUCCAGUUUAUCGUGUACGCUUUUGUCCUUAUGAAGACGUUUUAGGAGUAGGUAGUUCCGCUGGGAUUUCAUCCAUUCUUUGUCCUGGGAGUGCCGAACCUAAUUAUGAUGGUUUAGAAGAAAAUCCUUUUGCCAAUAAACGUUAUAGGCAAGAAAGAGAAGUUAAACGACUUUUGGAUAAGGUAAUAUUGUUCACGUGUUUUCAUAUCUACUUGUUAUUUUCGUUAAUAGUUCUAUGUUUUUCUCAAGUAUAUUCUUCAUAUAUGUGUGUUCAUAAACUUUGUUUCAAUGUAAUUUCUUAAUAUUAAAAACUGGUUUUGGAAUUUUAAUUCAGUUAGACUUUAGUUGUAAAUAUGUUCGGUUCCAUUGAAUUAAAUAAAUUCUGUGAAUACAUACUUACCAACACAAAGCAAUGUUAUCAAAGGGUUACGAGCAACUUGAGAGUAUUCAUUAGUUGAAAAUCCACAGGAUUACCUUAUCAACCAUCUGCCGAAGAAACCUACUAAAUCUAAAAUUCUUUCUGGUAAGAUAUUCAGAAUCUGCCAAAUAUGAAAUAGUACUUAGAUUCCAGAAGAGUUAGUGAGGUAUCACUAAUUCAACGACCACCUAUUUCGUCUUCUACCAGGAGAUUGAACUUCAUCGAGUACUAUUGUUUAUUAAAUCUACCAACGUUAGUAGGACACAAGCGUAUUUUAUGAUUGUUCUAGUAAAUUAUAGUCCUAUUAUAUUAUACUGACCCCUAAAGUGUCCUACUAAAGAAAAACACAUGGUAAAAUUCUUCGACUUAAUUAUUCUAUACUAAUAUCAUUUAUAUAAGCUUUCUUAUUCCUAUCAUUUCUUUUUUAAUUCAAUUGUGUGUAAAUUGCUAAUGAACAUGUUCAUGUGUAAUAAAGAUAUGUUACCAUAAAAUUCAAAAAAGAAGUGAUUGCAUAUCGGAAUAUCGAAAACAAGCAUUGAAAUAAUAGUGAUGAUAGUAAAUGUAGGGAUUACCAAGUAAAAAUUCUUUACAUUUCGUGUAAGGAAUUUAGUUACUGUAAACCGAUGCAAUACAAAUAACUUAAAAGAAUCCAAGGGCUACUUAAAGGUCCUAAUGAUUUUUAUAUUUCCAAAUUAUUGAUGAUUGGUUUAUUCUGGGUAUAUCGCUAUCUAAUCAUAGAUAAGACUAAUAUGCUUCUACUUGUUUUUUUGGUACCUUACAAUCUAAUCCGUAUUGUUGUGGAAGCUAUUAUCAUAUUAAAUCAAAAACUGGUUUCAAUUAUGAGGUUAAUAUCCGUAGAGUAAUUAGAUUUAUAGACUAACUUUAAUAGAAUAAAUAUUUCUGAGUAAGUUUGGUAGGAAUUUUCACAACAUGUUGAUACCAAUCGGACUGUUUACAUACUCCACAAGUAGGCACAGGUUUGGGAACUACUAUUUAAUAUCUAGAUAUUACAUAAAAAACGUUUUUAUUUUAUUUGAGCGCAUAAACAUUGGCACAAAGGGACACCAAAAUAUAAAUGCACCACAAUAAAAAUUAGAUUGUGUUGAGUUAUAAAAAGGAAGGUGAAUGUAAUGGAAAAAAAAUGAAAAUGAAUAGAAAUUAGUGUACGAAAGUGAAUUAAUAAUAAUAAUAAUAAGGGGAGAAGCAGUUCAGUUAAGAGAAGUAUAACCAGGUAGGAUUCUUUCGGUUAUAGAAGUUCCCCCCACUUACAUGGAGGGAAUAAAAGAAAAUUACAGCAGGACUACCACUAGCUUCUAUUCUAAGUAAUAUUUGAUAAUAUCUCAAACCACUGUGUCGCACUAUAUGACCUCAAUUAGGGAGUCUUGAAGAACCGACAGAUAUCAGUCCUUUACAGCUUUCUUUCAUACUACUGACUACCUCUGCUCUUUUUCUAACCAGUUUCAGCGUCGGCAUAUAAUGCCUGACGUGUAAUUCACUGGGGCGGCAUUUUUAGUACAUGUUCAAGGCACCGAAGUUGAUGUUUCAAAAUGGUGACGUCAAUCGAAUGAUCAUCAACUUAAUUCCAACUAAUGACAUCUUAUCGUAACUACACCAAUCCCUAUAAAUAGUCAAUAAAAGUUUUUUUAAGCAGGAUAGUAUCUUAAUCAGUAAAACAAUCAUUGAUUAUAACUUUUCGCAGACUCACAUGUGUUUCACCUAAUAGAAUCAUUAAAAAACUACUUACCGUACUAUUACAAACAGAUUCCAUAUACAAUGAUUUCAUUAAAAUCAAUCGUUGGUGAAGUUCGUCGUGAAGACCUUUUAGAAGAAUGGGAAAAGAAGAAAGCUGUAUUACUUGGACAAGUUCCCAAAGUCGAUACACCUGCUAUUAAACGAAAUAAACAAAAAGGUAGAUCAAAACCUGGCCGAAUCGAGGCAAAAAAGCAAAAUAUACACUUUGAACGUAAAAUGUUUACUAUCAAAGAAGUUUUAGGUGUACGGGAAGCGGAAGAGAAGUUACGACGAAAAGUUUCUUACAAAAAAAUCAAUGAUAUAAGCACAUUACCGAGACCUAGUGAAGCUUUAGUAACAAAAAAGAAAUUAUCGAAAAGACGCACAAACACUGCUCUUGAUGUGCUGAUUCCACCAAAAGAAUUUUAAUUUUUAAAUCUUAAUUUCUUUAUCGUUCUCUAACUAACUGUUUGUCUUCAAGUUCUUUUCUUUAAUUUCCCACUAAACUUUUUUAAAUCAACGAAUCUACAUUGCUUUAUGUAUAAUUGUCAAUGGUUGACAAUUGUAUUACUGUAAUUUACUGAAAUCAUAAUGUACAGUUUACAUUUGAUACAAAUAAAAAAAGUAUUAAGAGGUUAUAUAUGUGUGUGUUGUCAAUGUACCUCAUUAUCAGAAUUUUCUCAGCUUCCACAACGUCAGUUAUAUUUAGUUCUUUUUUCUUGUUGGGGCCGAUACCUAGUUGAAUCUCAGUUAGUAUCAGUUCCAUCAUUUGUCCAUGCCAAUCUAGUACUAACACAAUGCUCUUGAGAAUGAACUUAGUUCUUUGUAUCACUCUAAAACCUUCGGAUUUAAUGGAAAUGUUAUUGCUAGAACCUCUCAGACUGGUUCUAGAUCUCAUGCUUAAGUCAAACCUCAUAUACUACUAUUUAACGUUUGCAACUCACACGCUUAUGUCACACGACAUCCAGAGGUGACGCACAUUCGUGGUGUUUUUAACUACAUUUCUAAUCAAAUUAUUUUUUGAUGUGAAAAAUAUUAAGACAGGUUUUGGUAGAAUUUGUUUGAUUUAUAAAGAGACUUGUUAAGUCACCGAAACACACAGGAUCCUAGUGUGUUCAUUCUAAUUAAAACGAAAAGCCGACAAGAUAUACACUCCGUUUAUCUGGCGACUAGGCAGCAAGUUCUCGUGCACUGGCGGGUAAAGGCAUAGCACUAAGUAUGAGGUCAGAAGAAGCCCUUUUAGAAUGGAUCCCUAUCGACAGUCGCCUAUGUGCUGUUCGGCUAAAGAGAUCCGCAAGAGUUCAGAAGGAUAGGGAUACACGUCGAGAUGGCAGUGAGCAGGACUUACUUGUCGGUAGCUGUAUACGCGAGGCCAUGUGAGAGCACUUCGAGAGGAAGGAUUCUUCCCACCAUCGACCGUACCAGGGUAUUUGGGGCUUUGAAUUCAAAGCAAACUUCUCAGUAGAAUUUUCGUCAUGGACUGAAUUUAGCUGACAAGCUGUUGAAAAUCCUGAAGCGCGAGAUUACUGCUUGUUCUUAGCACUGAUAUGUUCGGAACACACAUCCUUGAUACUGCCAAUGGUGGAAUUUAAAGAGUUGACUUUUGACUAGCGAGAACUCACGACUAUUAAAAUUCAAUACUGUUGGAUAUGUGGCAGUUACGCACUAGUGGUAUUGGGAAGAGUUUGGGUUGGAGUUAAACAUACGAAUCAGUGAUUGCCAAGACAAUGGUCUUAUUUUCAAGCUUUUACUGUGAGAUUUCAGAUCCAUGUGUUUGAUCUCGUGCAAAGUUCAAAUUGUGAGUCGCUGAGAUGUCUAAUUUUAGGACGAAACAACUUUCCACUCCUUCCUGAUUUUCAGCUGUUAUUUAAACAAGCAAACUAUAAAAUUCAACAAUUUCUACAAAUCCCAUAAACCCACUUAGACUGCUGAGUUGGAAGCCUUUGGCCUACAUCCUUAAAUGUUGUCGAUUUAUAACCAAAACAAAAACCAUCCAUCGUUAUUGAUCAAUCUUCCUCAGAUUAGAUAUGCUUUAAGUCCAUCACUUGGAACUUCUCAUCGAAAUUAUAGAAUGUUGUCUCUAAUUCAGUCACUUACGGAAAUAUGAUUAUUAUGUUCUAUUUAAUUUUGCUGAACAUUAUAAUUUCGGAACUACAGAAGAACUUAAUUGUUCCCAACAAAACUCAAAUCACGCUUUAAUGAAGUAAAUCCUGAUGAUGUUAUCGAGAAAGACAAUGAAAGCUACGCG